AUGCCGACGCCGACGAUGCUGCUGGUGAUGGCGGCUGCAUUGACCUUAAUCAAACACCAGAAACCCCGAGAAGGGAACAAUGCCGCGGUGGAACAAUCGCUGUCUCGAAUUGAUGCAGCGGAGGACGAUGAGUCAAAUCAGGUUUGUCGUUUGGCUGAAUUGCGAGACGUGAACUGUGUCGGCGCGGUUUUGUCCAAUUUGCAGCUAUAUCAUUGGAUUUGCGUCCUUAAGGAAAGAUAUUGGCUGAGAAGGAGUACUGGCCUGCUUGUAAUGCUGGCUUUUAUGCAGCAUGUCAGGGAUCGUGGUUUCCAGCAACAAAAGGCUAUGAAGGAAGGAGUGUGCCUAGAUAAGUAUUGUCUAGAUGCUAAAACUAGAAGAUGCUUGAAAAAUCUUGCUCUUUGUAACAAUUCCCAAGAGAUAGCAGCUGAGACUGCCAGAGGCCUAUGGGUCAGGGAUGGUAUGGUAGACACCCAUGAUGACGACCAAAAAAUUCUAAAAGAUCUUGUCAAUGCUAACCUGCUCGAAGUUGAUGAGAAUGAGCAAUUUGUGAAGUUUCAAGAUCUGGAUCAGCAUAUAUUAGUGAACUUAAUUUUUCAACUCGAGGAAAGUCGUGUGUUUCUGAUGCGGGGUGGCUUGGAUUUCACAGAGCCACCAGAGGUUGAGGAAUGGGAGAGUGCAAAAGAGGCAUGUUUGAUGCAAACAAGCAUUUCUGAGCUCUUGGAGGAACCAAGAUUGAUAUCGCCAGCAAUUGGAAGGCUCAAGCAGCUGGAGGUAUUUGAUCUUGAGGGGACGAAGAUUACGAAUCUUCCCAAGGAAAUUGAAAGUUUGAUUAAUCUGACUUGUUUGAUAAUCUCAAUUUCUGGAACUGAACCUUCAAAUGAGUAUAAAACAGUGAUUCCUCAUGGGGUAAUAUCUUCUCUAUUGCACUUGGAAGAACUUAAUCUCGAUGUGGAUGCCGAUGUUGAAUGGUGGUAUACAUGUGCUGAAGGUGUUGUAUCUGAAGUUUGCAACUUGAAAAGGCUAAGCACUAUCAAGUUCUCCUUUCCUACAUUGGAACUUUUGAGGCAGUUUAAUCAGCUUAGGAAAUCAAUGGAGCAUCCAUAUUUAGCUCAAAUACUUCUCAUUGGCAAUCAUGCUAACCGCAUCAUGAAUCGACUACCAUCGGAUAUUGAAUUCGGGCUGGAACGGAGCAACCGAUACUUGAGGUACAUAACUGGUGACGGUGUCUUCAUAGAUAUUAAGGACAUCCUGCAACAAUUAGAUGGCUUUCUUAGAAAGUGUAAUGAGCUUGAAGUGCUCAAAGAUGCAUCUGAUACCAUGCAUCAAGAGGCUUUGACUGAAUCUCACUGCAAAAGCAUCUGUCUUGAAUCAAUCAAAUAUGUGUACUACAUGAGAAACUUUAGGAACAUUUGGAAGGGCUCAGUGCAGAAGGGAUGUUUGUCUUCUCUCAAGUUAUUGACAUUGUGUAAAUGCCCCGAGUUGACUGUUAUUUUCUCACUUGAGAUGCUUGGUAAUCUCAACAAUUUGGAGGAGGUCAUAAUUGAGGACUGCCCAGCCAUCAAAAGCCUACUUACCUGCCAAACUUCUACUGGCAAAGUCCGUGAGACGUCUUAUUUCCUCCCUAUUUUGAAGAAGUUGUCCCUCCAUUAG